AUGGACGCGAUGCAGCUGAGACUCAACUCGCCGGUAGGCGGCGCGCCCGCCCUCUACCAAUGGCCCUUGAACAAGAAAAAGGGCUACGACGAGGCGCGCGAAAUAAUCGAAACUAUCGUGUGGGGCUGCAACGACAUUCCCGACCUGGAAGUGCCGCUGAAAAAGAAUAUUUUGCAGGACGUGGACGUGAACAGCUACGAGUCGAUGAGGGCGCUGACUCAGCGCUACAACAAGGCUAUCGGCAAUAUUCUAGCGCUGGAAAAGGGCACGCAGAAGUUCUGCGAUCGGCUGAACCAAAAGGCCGGCAAAGCGCUGCUGCACCACAUCAUCCAACAGACGUACAGUGCGGCCGUCACCAACGCGGAAGAACUGAACAAAUAUCAGGCGUUUUCGCCCGAUGUCUACGGCGAAACCUCCUUCGAUCUGAUCGCUCAGAUGAUUGACCAGAUCGAGCUAACCAAAGACGAUGUGUUUAUCGAUCUGGGAUCAGGAGUGGGUCAGGUGGUGCUGCAAAUAGCCGCCAGCUGCUUCUGCAGCACCUGCAUAGGGGUAGAGCGAGCGGAAGUUCCUGCUAGAUACGCCGAAGCGAUGGCGAAGAAGUUCAAGUUUUGGAUGCAGUGGUAUGGGAAAAGGUGCGGCCAGUUCGAGCUACGCAAAGGGGACUUUUUCGACGACACGCACCGGGAGGCGUUUAGCGACGCCACAGUGAUAUUUGUGAACAACUUUGCCUUCGGCCCUUCAGUGGACCACAAGCUGAAGCAGCGCUUUGCCGAGCUGAAGCACGGCACGAAGAUCAUCUCCUCCAAAAGCUUCUGUCCGCUCAAUUUCCGAAUCACCGACCGAAACCUCAGCGAUAUCGGAACCAUAAUGAACAUUAGUGAAAUUGCCCCCAGCACCAGCUCGGUGUCCUGGACAGAUAAGCCGGUGUCGUACUAUCUGCAUCAGAUCGAUCGCACCAAGCUGGAAGCCUACUUUUUAGCGAAGAAAAAUGGGGCUGCGCCCCUUGGCGACAGCUCGGAGAGGUCUUGCGACUCCUUCGACACCACCGACAGCGAAAACGCCUUGAGAAUAACCCCGCCUCCCAAAAGAAAACUGCUUUCCUCUAAACCGAGCAAACGACCGGAAAGUGUUUUGACAAACCACGAGUCUUCUAACGGCGCCCCCAAACAUCCCAGAGUGAGACUCAAUGGGACUAUCGUGAAACUGGUGAAGAAAAACGGGGUUUUGGAACCAAACAAAAGCAUCAUCAGGCCCAGUAAGUUGAUUUUGGAUAAACCGCUUGCGGCAACGACAGAAAUACCAAAGAAACGUCCGACGGGACUGAAAAGGAAACGCAGUGCUGCAUACGCGAACGAGCCGGCUGUCGGUUCGAUGCAGCACAAGCUGCAGCAGCUGAUGCAGGGGUUCAAACAGCAGUAUCUGCAAGUGGUGGCCGAGAUGGCGGAUCCGAGCUAUAAAGGGAAAAUCGCCGCCCAAAUGAGGGAGGAGCUCAUCAAGAACAUGUACUUAAAGAUGCAAAUCCAGGAGCUCGAUCAAGAUAUUGAGAGGAUUAUCGUUAAUAUGGAAAAGAGUGUGAUACGCAAGAAGUCCUAG